UUCUGGGCUCCCGAGUCCCGGGCGGGGGCGGGGGGAAGCGCCUGCGGCAGAUGCUCCCUGGCCAGGAGGAGGCAUCGUGAGCGCGUGGAAGCAGAUCUGAGAUAAUUGUUUUAACAAAUAUGGAUGAGUGAGCCUGCUGCAGUUCCUUGAGUUUGUCACCACCCGAUUUUGACAUGAUCAAAUGUCUGGUAGAAGAUGUGCGAGCCAAGCUGCGUUCUGGAGUGACAGUCAGCUCCCUGGGGCAGUGUGUUGAGGAGCUUGUCCUCAACAGCAUUGAUGCCAAAGCAACAUGUGUAGCUAUCAGGGUGGAUCUGGAAGCUUUUAAGAUCCAGGUGGUGGACAAUGGUUCUGGGAUGGGGCGAGAAGACUUAAAUAAAAUGGGAAAGCGGUACUUCACUAGUAAAUGCAGCUCACUGGAAGACUUAGAGAACUUGAAAUUCUAUGGCUUUAGAGGGGAGGCUGUGGCAAGCAUAGCAAACAUGGCCAGCAUAGUGGAAGUUUCAUCUAAGACCAACAGGACGGCAAAAACUUUUCUGAAACUGUUUCAUAACGGGCAAGCAUUGGAAGUCUGUGAAGCUGAAGUGAGCAGACCAAGUGUUGGAACUACAGUGACUGUGUGUAAUCUGUUCCAUCAGUUACCAGUGAGAAAGAAGUACAUGGAUCCUGUCUUGGAGUUUGAGAGAGUAAGACAGAAAGUAGAGGCUAUUUCACUGAUGCAGCCCUCUGUUUCACUCUCUUUAAGGAAUGAUGCGUCUUGUUCUAUGGUGCUUCAGCUCCCUAAGACACGAGAUGUAUAUUCUCGUUUUUGUCAAAUUUAUGGGCUGGGCAGAUCACAGAAGUUACGAGAAAUAAGUCAUAAGUCUGGAGGAUUUGAGCUAAGUGGUUAUAUCAGUUCUGAAGGACAUUACAAUAAGAAUAUGCAGUUCUUAUAUGUGAAUAGAAGACUGGUUUUAAAGACAAGACUACAUAAGCUAAUUGAUUUUUUAUUAAGAAAAGAAAGUGUUAUUUGCAAGGCAAAAAGUGUCCCUGCCAGCAGACAGACUAGUUCGAGUCCUGGUUACCAUCGCUGUGGCCCAGAGUUGCAUGGAAUCUUUGUUCUCAAUGUAACUUGUCAGUACAGUGAGUACGAUGUGUGUCUGGACCCUGCAAAAACUCUAAUUGAGUUCCAUAACUGGGAUGUUCUUCUCACUUGCAUUGAGGAAGGAGUAAAAAUAUUUUUAAAACGAGAACAUUUAUUUAUUGAACCGUGUAGUGAAGACAUCAGAGAAUUUAAUGAAGAUAACGACUUUUGUCUGUAUAGUGUCCCAAUUCUGAAACCUUCAAUCUCUGAGGAGAAGAGCAUCCAAGAUAGUUUUAAGAAAGCCUGUGAUAAAAUUGUGGAUUCCUAUGAAAUGUGUAACUUGCAGUCCAAAGAUGUCAAAAGGAAAUCAGUGACUGGAGAAAAGGCUUCCAGUCCUUUUGAGUCAAAUGGAAAUUUAGAGGAAGCUGAAGUAUCUCCAGAUCAAAUGAUGGCUGAACCAACUGACGCAUGUAGGAACAAUGAAGCAGAGAUGUUGCUGUCCAACAAAGAUAGCACACCUUCUGACUUCAGUACAUCAGGUAUCUCAGAACAGGUGCCAAAAGUUGCUAACAUUUCCCCAAAGGUGUUUGAUACUGAUUUCAGAUCUUCAGGAAAUCUCCAUUCCACUCUUGGUGAAGGGGUCAGAUCAGAAAAAAUAGAAACAGGCCAUUGUAAUGACCUGCAGCAUUGUGCAGAGAAUUAUGUAAAAGAUGUGGGAAGCCAGCAAGACAAAGUAGCGCAGAAAAGUAAUACCAUCCAUAUCUUAAAUAAUGAUUUUACUCAGUGGCCAUCUGAGAGACUAGAAGACCCUACUGAAACAACAGUAGGACCCGAAAUUGUCACUGGAAGUUCAGUGAUUGGAAUGUGUAAUGCAAGGACAGGAAAUAGGGAAGCAACUGAAAUGACAAAUGGUGCUGGCAGAGAGGCUGUUAGUUCAAUACCAGUGAAAUUGUGUUCUACAGGCCUUAUAACACACGUUAUGCAAAAUGAGCCACCACACGAAUGUGAACAAACAGAAACAAAUCUAGUGUUAAAUGCACGCUCUAGACCUGGUCCUGUCAGUGCCAAGGAUAUUUUUGGAGACAAAGUAAAUUUUCCAAUUCGUUCUUUAAAUGUUAAGGAUAUUUCCAGUAAUAUAAAUAAAGAAUACACUCUUCCUUACAACAGAGAAGCGUUGAUGGCUGAUGGAAAUAAGCCAUUGGAAAAUGAAACUUCGCCAGAUCAGGUGAGUGAGAGGAUAGCCAUGCCUACUGCAGCUGGCAAAAGGCGUUGCAUGACGUCAAACAUCAGGGAAUUGACAUUGGCAACAUCUUCUGGUAUUCCUCAGAGUAAAAUUAUGAAAAGCAGUGGAAAAGAAAUAGCUGAACCAAGAUCUCAGGCCUGUAAGAAGCUGAGUUUGUCUAUGCAGCUCGGUUCGUUAGAAAAAUUCAGGAGAUACUAUGGGAGAGUCAGGAAUACACUACCAACACCACUGACAGAGGAGCGUGAAUGUGGUCUCACAUUUUUUAAUUCACAAACUAGUUUUGACUCUUCAAAGAAUCAGAAUGACAGUCAUGGUAACCUGAACAUUUGUGAAACUCCAGCUUUGGAAUCUACAGAUUCUAAUAGUAGUAGCCAAGUUCUUGGUUCUUUGGAAGAGACAAUGUUCAGCAGUGAAGAAACAUUACUGGAGAGACAAGCGCUUUGUCAAAGUAAGAGUCCUUUCACAUUGACUGAUUACUCUCAGGUUUCUAAAAAAAAUGUGAGCAGUGCAAGAUCUCUGGGAUCAUUAGCGUCUAAACUGUCCAGAAUGAAAAGUGACCACAGAGAAGUAGAACAGCCUGGUGAACAAUUCCAAACAGAUUCAAGUAGAAGAGAUAACAACUCAUUUAGUCCUGAAUCUUCAAAUAAUGAUUUUUUGUAUAAUGGUUGUCAAAUGUAUAAAACUACCAUGCAAAAAAUGACGAGAAAUUAUUUCAACCUUUCUGAGGGAGAUUCUCCCCAGGAAAUGGACAGUACAGAAGCAGAGUCCGUGGAAAAUACUUUGAGCCAGUCACCGCUCAGCAGCACGGAAGGGGAGUACACCAUCUCCUCAAGCAGAGUUUUAUCGUUACCUGGUAAAAAAGAUGGUUCUAAUGUCAUCUGUACAGAGAAAAUGUUAGGUGAUUCCUCAAAACAGACUUUGGAAGCUGCUAAGGUUCCCCAUAUGACCUUCCUGAGCUGCUUGGAAUUCUCUCCAGAUAGCACAAGUACAGGUGAUCCCAGGAAUGAUUCGUGUUUUUCUGACUGGCUGCAAGAUUUUGAUGUUUUGUCAGGUAAGACGAUAUACAUCAAUAAAACAACAGGACUGAGCACUUACAAUGCUCCUCCUCCUGAAGAAUUUCAAGCUGCCUGCACUAAAGAUAUAACAACAAUGGCUGUGAAUGUUGUCUCAGAGAAUGAUGCUGAAGGGGAGUCUCUCCAGUCACUGCUUUCAGAAUGGAAUAAUCCUGUUUUUGUUCGCUGCCCAGAGAUUGCUGUUGAUGUGACUAGCAGUCAGGCUGAGAAUCUGGCUGUGAAAAUUCAUAAUAUCUUGUAUCCGUAUCGUUUCACCAAAGACAUGAUUCAUUCAAUGCAGGUUCUUCAGCAAGUAGACAAUAAAUUUAUCGCUUGUUUAAUCAACACUAGGAAUGAAGUGGAUAAAAAGGCAGGUGGAAACCUCUUGGUUUUGGUGGAUCAACAUGCAGCUCAUGAACGGAUCCGCCUGGAGCAACUUAUUGCAGAUUCCUAUGAGAAGGAGGCUGCAGCAUGUGGCAAGAAGAAAUUAUUGUCCUCCUCCAUCUCGCCCCCUUUGGAGAUUGAAGUAACAGAGGAACAAAGAAGAUUCUUACGAUGUUGCCACAAAAAUUUGGAGGAUUUUGGCCUUGAAUUAUCAUUUCCUGAGACUAACAGCUCCUUGAUUCUAGUGGGGAAAGUGCCACUGUGUUUUAUAGAAAGAGAAGCCAAUGAAUUACGACGGAAGAGACAACCUGUUGCUAAAAGCAUUGUGCAGGAAUUUAUUCAAGAACAAGUUGAGCUAGUGCAGACCACAGGAGGAGCACGAGGGACGCUGCCUCUGACGUUUCUGAAGGUGUUAGCUUCCCAAGCAUGUCAUGGCGCUAUUAAGUUUAAUGACAGUUUGACUCUGGAGGAGAGCUGUCAGCUCAUUGAAGCUUUGUCAUCUUGCCAGCUGCCCUUCCAGUGUGCUCAUGGGAGACCUUCCAUGAUGCCCCUUGCAGACAUAGACCAUCUCCAGCAGGAAAAGCAGCCUAAACCUAAUUUGGCUAGACUGAAGAAAAUGGCACAAGCAUGGCACCUAUUUGGAAAAAAAAAGAACCUUACCAAAGAAGUGAAAACUGUAAACUGCAACCACCAGAAGUGUUGAUAUGAUCCAGAUUUUCUGGUUAGACAGCAGUAACUUCUGUGGAGCCAAGAUUCUCAUCUAGUGCAGUACCCAAAGUUCUGCCCCAAGUACUGACCUAAGAAGCAGCGAUCAGCCAGGAGGACGUGGCAGGAGGAGCCUGCCCUGGUAGCCUGGAGAAGCGUCUUCAGUGUUAAGAAACUGCAUUGCAAACCUGGGCCUUAUGUCAGUGCUUGACUACCAAAGGCAAGAAGUUGCAGCCACUUCCACUUACUAAAGUACUUCUCAGCAAGUGCAGCACGACUUUUCAUAAUAGGAUAUUUUUAAUUAAUGUACAAAUACAGUCAGUGCUUUGAAAAGGGGGAGGUAUUUAUUAAUAAAAAUUAAUGCUAAGCUCUU